CUGCAGCGCCAAGACUCUGGKCCUCAGGGCAUCAGGGGAAUCCUAAAGAAGAGCCGCUCCACCAGCGUGGAGUCRGACCACAGCGAAGGCAUGUCGACCGGGAUGCCUUCCCGGCAAACCAGCGUCACCUUGAGCCACCCUGAGAGUGAGGAGGAARAGGAUGACGAAGUGGAAGAAGAGGAAUAUGUUGAGGAAGAGGUCAGCAGGGAGAGCGAUAAAGAGGACGACUCACCAGCUGAUGACAUCCCGGACGGUGGCAGCUUUAGCGUGCACCGAGAGGAGAAGAACAGCGGUGGCAGCACCAGCAGCAGAGAGAGCUUUGAGGAGAUGCGGAGUCCGUUGCCCGAUGAGAGCCUGGAGACCACGUCGACCGUGUCCGAGGACGUCGACGAGCUGGAGAGCAGCUUUGAUCAGAGUCAAGGCUCCGCGCUGAAACACAGACUGGCUGUGUCGUCUGGCGAGGACGGUGAAAAUAAGGACAGAACGAGGAAGUCCAAACCGCCGCAGGUGAUUCAAACGUCACUGACGGAUCGCUUCAACCAGCUUCACGAUGCUGAGAAUGCCUGGAAGAAAAAGAAGUCCAAUGUUGAUCCGGAGCCCAAGAUGUCGCUGGCAGAGAGGAUGAAGAUCCUCAAAGACAAAGAGGAGCAGUGGAAGAGCAAAGGCAAAGGAGCAGCCAAUGACUCGGUUCAGUUCACGGUGGCUGGACGAAUGGCCAAGAAAGGUCUCGUGUCCAAGGACGAGCCGCCUAUCAUCUCUCUGAAGAAGUCCAACGCCACGCCUGUGAAACCACAUGAAGAAAUCUCCACUAGAACUGACGUCAAAGUGGAGGGAGAUAAACGUCUCGACAAGUUGGAGUCCUUCCUUGACAAACUCCACAAUAAAGGUGUGGGCAAAGCCAAGUCAUCCACCAUCGAGGUGACGGCAGAGAUGGAGAAAGAGGUGAUGACUCUGGACGACGAUGAGACGUUUGGCAACUUCUACAAACCUGUCUCCCCGUCCACUCUCCUGGAGUCCAGCGUGGUUUUGACUGAGGAAGACCUGAGUGACAUCCAGGCUGAUACACCAAAGCUGACCUCAGCGGUAGCAGAGCACAAGCGAGCGGUGCGACCAGCCAGAAGGAAUCAGGGCUCCAGGAACCCCCUGCGGGCUCUCGCUGCCCGUAACGACAUCCGGCAGGUUUACACCGAGCAGAGGCUUAAUGUGGCGUCAGUGGAGACCAAGAGGAUUCAAGUGGAGAGGAUGGCGAAACAUUCCAACUUGGCAGACGUGGCGCUGGCUGGGCUCGCCAGCAAGGAGAACUUUCGCAAGGUCAACCUUCGCAGCGUGAAGUCCACAGAGGUCGUGACUAACAACAGCGCCGUGCCUUUUCACAAGCUCAUGCUUAUUCGCAUCAAAGGUCGGAGGCACAUCCAGGUGCGCCUGGUGGAACCGACGGCGCGCUCGCUGAACAGCGGGGACUGCUUCCUCCUCAUUACCCCGAAGCAAUGUUUCAUGUGGAGCGGAGAAUUCGCCAACGUCAUUGAGAAAGCCAAGGCGUCRGAGAUGGCGUCUUUUGUUCAAGCCAAGCGGGACCUUGGCUGCAAGGCUCCCCAGGUGUCCGUGCUUGAGGAAGGCAUCAACACUGAAAGCAGAUGGGCCAAAGAGUUCUGGAGCCUGAUAGGUGGAAAGACUAAAUACAGAGGGGCAGGAGACCCAGAGGAGGACGAGCUUUAUGAGAGUGGGGUGGUGGACUCUAACGGGGUUUACAGACUCCAGGGAGACAAACUGGUGCCUCAUGAAGAUGCCUGGGCCUCCAUCCCCAGUGUGUCUCUGCUCGAUUCUAAAGAGGUUUUAGUCUUUGACUUUGGCAGUGAAGUGUACGUAUGGCACGGAAAAGAUGUGCCCUUGGGUGACAGAAAAGUAGCUGUCAAACUGGGUAAACAGCUCUACAGCGGAAGCUACGACUACAGCAGCUGCAGAGUCAACCCUCUGGAUUCCUCCUGCAAUAAUACGGACGUACCUCAGAAGGGCGAGGGGCGUCCCAGCUGGACUCUGUUCGGCCGGCUGUCAGAGCACAACGAGACGUCGCUGUUCAGGGAGAAGUUCCUGGACUGGGCUGAGCGGAAGAAAGAGGAAGCGGCUCAGGCGGAGGAAGUCAAGAGCCCGGAUCAUUCCACCUUGCGCUCCCCGCUUGACUUGGAGCUGCAGCCGUGCGACGCCAAAGCGCUGCUGGACAACGAGGUCGACCCGGUGCGGACCGUCCUGGAGGGCGUGGACGUGCAGCGAGGCUACGGCCUGGUGAAGACCGAGGACGGCAGGCAGGCGGAGCUGGCCACCGUGGCGGUGGAGGCGUGGCACAUCAAGGAGCACGGCGAGGAGGAGCUUCCCGAGGAGAGCGUGGGCCAGCUCCACGAGGGCGACGCCUACAUCAUCCGCUGGAAAUACUCCAUCACCACGCUCGUCGGGAAGCGGCAGAAACCCGGAGAACUGAGCACAGCGGCUCCCGGCAGAGAGAGGACGGCGUGUUUUUUCUGGCAAGGCCGGCAGUCCAGCGCCAGCGAGAAAGGAACGUCGGCCCUGAUGACAGUGGAGCUGGGCAGCCACCGGGGGUCACAGGUGCUGGUGACUCAGGGUAAGGAGCCGCCGUGCUUCCUGCAGCUCUUCCAGGGAGGAUUGGUCAUCCAUAAGGGCAGCAGAGACGACGCUGCCAGCAGCUCAGGUACAAACAGGUCACUUCCUGACUCUGACAGGGCUCCUGCUCAGGAAGCAAUCAAAUGUGUGGGCAAAGCCAAGUCAUCCACCAUCGAGGUGACGGCAGAGAUGGAGAAAGAGGUGAUGACUCUGGACGACGAUGAGACGUUUGGCAACUUCUACAAACCUGUCUCCCCGUCCACUCUCCUGGAGUCCAGCGUGGUUUUGACUGAGGAAGACCUGAGUGACAUCCAGGCUGAUACACCAAAGCUGACCUCAGCGGUAGCAGAGCACAAGCGAGCGGUGCGACCAGCCAGAAGGAAUCAGGGCUCCAGGAACCCCCUGCGGGCUCUCGCUGCCCGUAACGACAUCCGGCAGGUUUACACCGAGCAGAGGCUUAAUGUGGCGUCAGUGGAGACCAAGAGGAUUCAAGUGGAGAGGAUGGCGAAACAUUCCAACUUGGCAGACGUGGCGCUGGCUGGGCUCGCCAGCAAGGAGAACUUUCGCAAGGUCAACCUUCGCAGCGUGAAGUCCACAGAGGUCGUGACUAACAACAGCGCCGUGCCUUUUCACAAGCUCAUGCUUAUUCGCAUCAAAGGUCGGAGGCACAUCCAGGUGCGCCUGGUGGAACCGACGGCGCGCUCGCUGAACAGCGGGGACUGCUUCCUCCUCAUUACCCCGAAGCAAUGUUUCAUGUGGAGCGGAGAAUUCGCCAACGUCAUUGAGAAAGCCAAGGCGUCRGAGAUGGCGUCUUUUGUUCAAGCCAAGCGGGACCUUGGCUGCAAGGCUCCCCAGGUGUCCGUGCUUGAGGAAGGCAUCAACACUGAAAGCAGAUGGGCCAAAGAGUUCUGGAGCCUGAUAGGUGGAAAGACUAAAUACAGAGGGGCAGGAGACCCAGAGGAGGACGAGCUUUAUGAGAGUGGGGUGGUGGACUCUAACGGGGUUUACAGACUCCAGGGAGACAAACUGGUGCCUCAUGAAGAUGCCUGGGCCUCCAUCCCCAGUGUGUCUCUGCUCGAUUCUAAAGAGGUUUUAGUCUUUGACUUUGGCAGUGAAGUGUACGUAUGGCACGGAAAAGAUGUGCCCUUGGGUGACAGAAAAGUAGCUGUCAAACUGGGUAAACAGCUCUACAGCGGAAGCUACGACUACAGCAGCUGCAGAGUCAACCCUCUGGAUUCCUCCUGCAAUAAUACGGACGUACCUCAGAAGGGCGAGGGGCGUCCCAGCUGGACUCUGUUCGGCCGGCUGUCRGAGCACAACGAGACGUCGCUGUUCAGGGAGAAGUUCCUGGACUGGGCCGAGCGGAAGAAAGAGGAAGCGGCUCAGGCGGAGGAAGUCAAGAGCCCGGAUCAUUCCACCUUGCGCUCCCCGCUUGACUUGGAGCUGCAGCCGUGCGACGCCAAAGCGCUGCUGGACAACGAGGUCGACCCGGUGCGGACCGUCCUGGAGGGCGUGGACGUGCAGCGAGGCUACGGCCUGGUGAAGACCGAGGACGGCAGGCAGGCGGAGCUGGCCACCGUGGCGGUGGAGGCGUGGCACAUCAAGGAGCACGGCGAGGAGGAGCUUCCCGAGGAGAGCGUGGGCCAGCUCCACGAGGGCGACGCCUACAUCAUCCGCUGGAAAUACUCCAUCACCACGCUCGUCGGGAAGCGGCAGAAACCCGGAGAACUGAGCACAGCGGCUCCCGGCAGAGAGAGGACGGCGUGUUUUUUCUGGCAAGGCCGGCAGUCCAGCGCCAGCGAGAAAGGAACGUCGGCCCUGAUGACAGUGGAGCUGGGCAGCCACCGGGGGUCACAGGUGCUGGUGACUCAGGGUAAGGAGCCGCCGUGCUUCCUGCAGCUCUUCCAGGGAGGAUUGGUCAUCCAUAAGGGCAGCAGAGACGACGCUGCCAGCAGCUCAGGUGGCUGGAGGCUGUUCUGCGUGCGCGGCGAGGCCGAGGCAGAGGCCUCCCUGGUGGAGGUGGCGUGUGAGCGUGCCAGCCUGCGUUCCCGUGCCAGCCUGGUGCUGCUUAACGCUCAGAAAGCUCUCCUCUACUUGUGGCACGGAUGCAAAGCCCAUGCAGACGCCAAGCAGGUGGCCAAAAGAGCAGCAGGCAAACUGAAGCAGAGGUGUCCCUCAGAGCUGGGACUGAACAGCAGCAGCAAGCUGAAGGUGGAGGAGGUGGAGGAAAGCUCUGAGCCGGCAGAGGUUCUGAAGGCUUUAGGCCCGCAGGACACGAAGGCUUACGACUGUAUGCUGGAAGAUCCUGGAAAGUACAACUACACCCCCCGCCUGUUCCGGCUGAGCGCCAGCUCUGGGAUGUUCGGAUGGGAGGAGCAGCUGUACCCGGCCAGGGUGACGGAGGGCGUCAUGGCGAUGCCCUUCCUGCAGGAGAGCCUCUACUCCGCACAGCAGCCAGCCUUGUUUCUCCUGGACAACCGCAUGGAGGUGUAUCUGUGGCAGGGCUGGCAGCCGGACGACACCCAGAGCACCGGAUCUGCAAAGAUGCGCUGGGACAGCGAGAGGAAGUGCGCCAUGGAAACCGUGCUGCAGUACUGCAAAGAGAAGAACCCGCGGCGCCCCCCUCGGGCCUACCUGGUCCUCGCAGGCUUGGAGCCUCUCACCUUCACAAACAUCUUCCCAUACUGGGAGAAAAACACCAGCAUCACUUCUAAGACUGGAAACUCCAAGAGCAAAGUGAUCCUGGUGAAAGAAGCUCUKUCCAAACUGAGCAAGCAGCAGUACUCCAUCGAGGAGCUGACCAGGAAGCCUCUGCCGGAGGGAGUGGACCCGCUACGGCUGGAGGACUACCUGUCCGACGAGGACUUCAAGACGCUUUUCGAGAUGAGUCGCGUCGAGUUCAACGCCCUGCCAAACUGGAAGCAGCAGAACCUGAAGAAGAGCAAGGAUUUAUUUUAAAACUGUACACACAGUCUCUGUUGUUUUUUACUCUUCUUUGCAGCUUUUAUUACAUUUUUAUUCCUUGUUUUUUGUUUUAAAAAAAAUCCUCAUAUGUAAAAACUAAAAAUUGUAAAUGUACUAUUAUGUGGUUUUAACUGUGCCAUUUUUUUUGUCCCAUUUUACUUUUUAACCAACGAUUAUGUGCAAUUAAUCUUUUCCCUUCACGCUAUUAUAAAUAUGUAAGAUACUGUUAAUGUUUGCUGAGGUUUACUCAGAUAUGUUAAUUAUUGUUUAUGGUUUAAAACCUUUUUUUUCUCCAUUUGAACUGAAGGAGCAGGCUCUGUCAACAGGGGACAAGACUGCUCAAAACAAACCAGAUUGGUUUGAUUGGUUCAAAAUAAUMUUUUUGCUUAGAUAACUAACUUUUUAACAAUAUUUUUUUAUGUUGGACCAACUAAAACACUCGUAUUGUUUGGUACUGAAUAUUAACUCUUUAUUUAGGCUCUUCUUGACCUCCUUCUGGUUGUUUGGGACCAAAACUAAGCCGUCUUCAUAAACCAUUUGUUUGGUUUUUUUUUUUUGGGGGGGGGGGUUUGAGCGCCUGUCUAAGUUUGGGUAAAAUCUGAACUUCAGAAGCAUUACAUGUGUUACAUUGUGACUAUGAGAGAAUGUGAGUAAGAAACUGCUGCAUAAACUGCCUGUAUUAGAAAACUCAGUAUCUUUUUUGUGUUGAAACGCCACGUAAAAAACUGCCGGUGAGGAUUUUAGUUUCAUUUUUUUGUAAUGCUCUUUUCAUUUGUUUCAAUCUGUUUGUGAUAAAUUGCAUCUGUAUUAUUGGUCAAGUCAGGUUUGGGAAUGAGAUAAUCAGUAUUUCCUUUAAAAUAAAAAUAUGUAUAAAA